GUGGUGCUAAUAACGCCAAGGUCGCGGGUUCGAUCCCCGUACGGGCCAGCGGUUCCCCUAUUUUCCUGCUGCUCCCAUUACCCCGACAUAGGGACGACCGUCCAACGCAGUGUGCGCGCUUUUUCCCCCCCACGCGUCACGCCGAUGUCGUUUAUCUUCCCAUAUCGUUGGCCGUCUGCCGCCCACUGGUGUCCCUCCCAGGUCGCGUGCUGGAAGCGCCUCCGCAGCUUUUUGCCCCCUCGAGGCCGCCGUCGGUACUGUGCGGCCCCGCCCCGGGGGCGCCAUUGGCCCGCGCGCCGCCGAUGCCCUGACUGCGCCCCGCGCCUCCGAGAGCCGCCCGGGGGGGCGCGAUGCGGCUGCCGCCCGCUGACGCCUGCCAAGAUGGCGGCUCCUGAGGAGGGGGGCAGCGAGGCGCCGCCGCGCCCUCCUCCCCCCGCUGAGGGGGAGCCCCCCGGAGCCGCCUGCGGGAGCGCCCUCGGCGCGGCGGCGGCGGAGGAAAGCGGCGGCUUCCCGCCCCCGGUGGAGCUGCGGGCGGUGCCGGAGGAGCCGGCUCGGAGCUUGGCCGCUCUGGAAGGCGGCUCCGUCCUCUACGUGCAGGCGGAGGGCGCGGGGCCGAGCGCGGAGGAGCGGCCGCACUCGCCGUCCCGGCACGCCGCCACGCCUCUGGCCCCCGCGGAGCUGCGGAGGGUGAUCGAGAGGGUGAGCAGGGCCUGGGAGCUGCGGGAACCGUCGCCGCCGCUCCAGGACGGCCGCCCCGAGCCCCCCCCGCCGCCGGCCGGCGUCGUGCAGAACGCGGCCCUGCAGCUGCGGAGCGUGGCCCAGCGCGUGGCCCUGCAGCGCGGCGCGGCCCUGGCGCCCGCCCGGCUCCUCCCGCGGCAGCAGCUGGAAGCCAUUUGUGUUCAAGUUCAGCCAGGACAGAUGAAGGAAACAGAAAGGCCAGUGCCAUCCUUGGCACCAAUCCAGUCCAAAACUGUAAUGCUGAGUCAGUCAGUUGGUAGAAAUUCUAGCGUGCCAGGACUUGGCAUUAUUAAUCCCCAGAUAAUUAAGAUACAGCCUGUUACAGGACCUGAGCAGCAGCAGCUUUUCCUGCAUAGUUCUUCUGAGUCUCCAGUUCAGUUGCUUAUGCAGAGACCUUCACCAUCUCAUGGAUCAGUGCCUGCGAACAAGGUUCCUACAAGUAAGGUGCUAAAUGGGCAGGAAACUGCACGUGCCACAGUAUCACCUGCGAGGUCUUCAAAUAUUGCCACGGUUGUAGCGAGCUCAACAAAUACCCUGAUACCAUGCCUUGAAAAAAAACAAAAAGAUGACAAGCUAAAAAAGUCUUUGAAAGUGAAAACUCGUUCUGGACGGAUUUCACGCCCUCCGAAGUACAAGGCUAAAGAUUAUAAAUUCAUUAAAAUGGAGGAUUUGGCUGAUGGUCAUCAGUCUGAUUCUGACGACUACUCUGAACUGAGUAUAGAAGACGAUGAGGAAGGAAAGGUGAAAGGAAAGGAUGCAUUGUUCAAUUCUUCAAAUUAUAAUCUGAAACCCAAAAUGUUUAAGUGUCAGACUUGUGAAAAAUCCUAUAUAGGAAAAGGAGGAUUAGCAAGACAUUAUAAACUUAACCCUGGUCAUGGACAGUUGGAGUCUGUACCUCAAAAAACACCCUUAAAUAAACCUAAUGGAAGUAUAGUUGUGGACAAUCUCUGUGGAAUAGGAGAGGAAAUUAAGAGUCCAGUGCAUUUGAAUUCAAUUGCCGUCACUUUAAAUAAUGAAAAUGCACUACCUACCAGCUUGGAAGAAACUGCUGGCUCACAGGUUGAACAGACUUGUAGGUCUGAAGAAAGCAGAAACCUGUUGGCAGAACAACAGAAUGAAAGUAGUUCAGGACACCGAGGGCCCAUAACAGCAAAAGGACCUGGAAGACCCAGACGACCAAAGAGACGCGGUCGACCAAGGAUGGGCGGAAGAUCCAGUUGUUCUGGAAGGCUUAGCAGACCUGGUCAGUCCCCUUCAAAGUCCCUUAGUAGUGUGUCAACAGAACACAAGGUAUUCAGAAGAAAAGCUAGGUUAAAAGAGCUAAUACAACAAUGUGAUAAUGAAGACUUGAUGGAGCUGGCUCUCCCACGUCUUACAGAGCUUGUUACAGUGUAUGAAUUUCUGUUGAUGAAGGUUGAAAAAGGUUGUCCAGCUAAAGCUUGCUUCCCAGAUGUGUAUAGAGAAUUUGAAGAGUUGCAUAAUAUGGUAAAGAAAAUGGCUUAUGAUUACCUCAGUAAUUCUGAUUUUCUGAGCUGCCAGCAGCCUGUUGAAAUAAAAGAUGCUAAGGUUGCUGAAUCACUAGGAAUUACAGAAAUAAUCACUGGCGAACAAAAGAUGCAAGGUGUAGACUCUUCACAGCCUAUAAUGAAAAUGGUUAGUGAGCACGUGCCUGUGGAGACACUGGGACAAAAACGGUUAGCUGAGAGCUCAGGGGAGGAACUGUUGCCAUCAGCCAAAAGGACCAAGUUAGAAGACGUAAUGGAGAAUGUGAAUAAUGCUUAUUCCAGUCAAGAUGAAGUGAAAGAAAAGAGUGGAAAUUUAUGUACACUCUUUGAAAAAGAUGGUCUUAAUCCAUUAAAUGGAGAAAUCCUGCUUUCAGAAGAUAGAAGUAUCACUUGCUGCACAACUGGAAGCAUGUUGCCUGCAGAGGAGGAACAUAAUUUACUUGUUGAUUCAGAAGUUAGAAUCGAUGCUGAAAAUUCAGGUACCUUCUCUCAGGCUGUAGAAAUGAGGAUAGAGUAUUCUCAACCUGUAGACAGACAGGGGCCAGGUAUUUCAGUGGACACAUCUCUGCUACAUACUGAAAUUGUAUUGCCUGUAGAAGCAGAUGGUUCACCAGAAUUAUCGGAAGCACACUUGGUGAGUCAAAACACAGCAGGUGGACUGUCAGCUCCCGAACUCUGCAAUUCUGUGUCAGAGCAUGCAGUGGGCGUUCAGAGCACCAGCUUGUCAAUGAGUGAGGAAAAGGGUCUCGAUCAAAAAUGUCAGACACCUCAAGAAGAAAACCAGAAUUUUGCUAUGAAAGGACAAUCUGAACAACUUCAUGAUGCUGGUAUGACUGAGAUGCAGGAAAUGGAAAAAGCUUAUUCAACACAUGUGCCAAUAAACUAUCCACACGGUGCUCAGGCUGAGUUGCACCAGAAUCCUAUGCAGGAAGCCUCCCUGUCUGCUGGUGUGAACCAUGACUGCGCUUAUAAUAAUGUGAGUCAAUUUCCCUGUGGGACAGAGGAACAACACGAGCUGGAGAAUACAGUUACUGUAGAUCAAACUGUAGCUUUUGAGAUUACUGAUGAGAGCCAUGACUUUUUGACUCAGGGACACGAACAGAUUUUUAUUCAGACUUCAGAUGGGCUUAUUUUGUCUCAUCCAGAUACUGCUGUUUUGUCUCAGGCAGAAGGUAUUGUUAUUGUAACUGAUUCUGAUGGUACUACAAUGCACAUUCGCACACCUGAUGGGAUACCUUUGGAAACUGUGGAAGCACUACUGGCAAUGGAAGCAGAUGGCCAAAGCGAAGAUGUUCUGCUCUCACAAAGUGAAUUGGAGCCAUAAAUUAGAAUACUACAAAGUCUUUCUUCUGGGAAAGACCGACUAUAUAAAAUGUAUAUUUUUCUAAUGUGAAUAGUGAGAUAAUUGAAAUUUAACUUAUUUGUAAACUGUUUCUAUGCCCUAUACUUUUUAUAACUUAUGUUUAUAAAAAUCUAAAACCACUGCAACCAAAAAUUCUAGAAUUAACAUUGUUCUCCUUGCUUUGUAUGUUGGGGGGGUGGGUAGAAAGUGGAAAUCUGUCAAUCCUAAAACUGUUGCACUAUUCCCUUUUGUUACACAAUUCCUUUUCUCUCUAGCCAUCUAAAAAUGCAGUAAGCUGUACUGCUUUUUGGCAGUGAUGUGCUGUGUACUGGCAAGCCUGUGUAUGGGUAAAAUAAAAGCUAUCUGAAAGUAUGCAUUUUCUGUGCUGCUGAGAUUACAAGAAAACUGCUGUAUUGCACUUUCUUAAAGCUAGGUUGAAUAUUCAUUAGUAUCUAGCCUUGGUGUGCACAACUCUGCCUGGAAAAAUGAGCGGUUUCAGAUACAAUCCGUGCUUGUGCACUCUGGGAACAAUGUGACAGCCUAACUGAUCUGUAUUUAAGUAACAGUAGGCUAAGCAUCCACUGAGUUAGAGACAAAAAUAGCCUCAAACAAGGAUUAAUUUGUACUGAACUACUGGAAAUGUAUUCAAGUAUUCUUGCUAAUGUUGUCCUAAUGUUCAGCUGUGCAUUGAACACUUGCUGUUACUUGGACAGAAAUGGGAAGGUGCAAAACUACUGAACUUCUAUAAUAGGAUACCAAAUUCUUUUUAACUUUUAGGGCUUGGUGGUUUCUUUUAUUUCUUAGAUUUAUAUUAUCUUUUCUUUUUCCUAGAUUUAUAUUAUUUUUUUUUCUCCAUACAAUGCAUCUCAUAAAUUCUAAGCUUUGGCCUUUCUAGUUAUUCUACACUGCUCUGUACUGUUUAAUCAUAAUAAAAACUUAGCCUUGACUGUAA